AUGACUGAUCAAACCGAAAAUCCCGGGGGGAAUGAACCCACCGACUUCAUCCGCAGCAUCAUCACCGACGAUCAGGCCGCCGGCGCCUACGAUGGCCGCGUCGUCACCCGCUUUCCCCCCGAACCCAACGGCUAUUUGCACAUCGGCCACGCCAAGUCCAUCUGUCUGAAUUUCGGAGUCGGCGAGCAGUUCCCGGGCGCCCGGUGCAACAUGCGCUUCGACGACACCAACCCCACACGCGAGGAUAUCGAGUACGUCGAUUCCAUUUUGGCCGACAUCCGCUGGCUCGGUUUCGACUGGGGCCAGCACGUCUACUACGCCUCCGACUAUUUUGAGCAGUUGUACCAAUACGCCGAGCAACUCAUCCUGGACGGCAACGCCUACAUUGACAGCCUCUCUGCCGAGGAGAUUCGCCACUACCGCGGCACCCUGACCGACCCCGGCCGGGAGAGUCCCCAUCGGACCCGUCCAACGGAAGAAAACCUCGAUCUGUUUCGCCGUAUGCGGGCCGGCGAGUUCCCCGACGGCGCUCACGUCCUCCGCGCCCGCAUCGACAUGGCCUCGCCCAACGUCAACAUGCGCGACCCUGUCCUCUACCGCAUCCGCCACGCUGAGCACCAUCGCACCGGCAACGAUUGGUGCAUCUACCCCAUGUACGACUACGCCCACUCCCUCUCCGAUUCCAUCGAGGGCAUUACCCACUCCCUUUGCACCCUGGAGUUUGAAGACCAUCGGCCCCUGUACGACUGGUGCCAGGAAGUGCUGGGCAUCUACCGCAGCCGUCAAAUCGAGUUCGCCCGCCUGAACCUCUCCCACACUGUGAUGAGCAAACGGAUGCUGCGCCGCCUGGUGGAAGAUGAGCACGUCGCCGGCUGGGACGACCCCCGUAUGCCCACCAUCAGCGCCCUGCGCCGCCGCGGUUACACCCCCGAAUCCAUCCGCGACAUGUGCGAGCGCGUCGGCAUUGCUCGCCGCAAUACCGUCACCGAACUCGCCCUGCUGGAAUACUGCCUGCGAGAAGACCUGAAUCUCCGCGCGCCCCGCCGUAUGGCCGUGCUCAACCCCCUGAAACUGGUUAUCACCAACUACCCGGAAGACCAGUCCGAGCUGUUCGAAGCGAUAAACAAUCCGGAAGACGACUCCAUGGGAGUGCGCCAGGUUCCGUUUAGUCGGGAGAUUUAUAUCGAACGGGACGACUUCAUGGAAGAUCCCCCUCGGCGUUUCUACCGCCUGGCUCCGGGUCGCGAAGUUCGCCUGCGGUACGCCUGCCUGAUCACGUGUACCGACGUGAUCAAGGACGCUGACGGCAACGUCACCGAAGUUCACUGCACCUACGAUCCCAACAGCCGCGGCGGCAAUGCGCCCGACGGGAGGCGUGUCCAGGGAACCAUUCAUUGGGUCUCCGCGGCCCACGCCGCGCCGCUGGAAGUGCGCGUGUACGACAAUCUGUUCACCGACCCGUCGCCCGCCAGCGCCGCUGAUGACGCCGGCCAGGACUUCACCGACUUGAUCAGCCCUGAUUCACUGCGGAUCGUAAACGCCUGGGCCGAACCCGCAUUGGCCGACGCCAGCCCCGGCGACCGCUACCAAUUCGAACGUCUGGGUUACUUUUGUGCCGACAUUCGAGAUUCCAAACCCGGAGCCCCGGUGUUCAACCGCACCGUAACCCUGCGCGACAGUUGGGCCCGCAUCAACCGACAGGCCACCAGUGAGUAA